CACCUUGAACUGAUACGUGUUUUUGUAUGGUUUUUUAUUUCUGUGUGAAAAUAUUUUUUUCUUUGAUCGUUCUUCCGUGUUUGAAAUCAAUUCAAUUUCCCUUUUUAAUUUUUGUUCGAAAAUUCUAUGCAAAUACCAAAUAAAUCAUAUCUCAACCAUAACACCAAUAGCAACAACAACAAUAUGGGUGAAAUGCCAACACCAGCACUUGUUUUGCCCGUAAUAUUGAGACCUAUAUUGGCACAGUUGGAACGACGUGAUGUGGGAGCAGCCCAGUCAUUGCGAUCAUCGAUUCUGAAAACAGAACAAAAUAAUCCCGGAUUUUGUUAUGAUUUUAUAAUGUCCAUAGUCCGUAGGGCUGAACUGAAUGUAAAUCUAAAUGAAUGUGUACUACGGCUGCAGGGUAAUCUACCAGAAACAGAUUUGAACGAAUAUCGUUUGACGCGUACAGAGGAACCAUUCCAGGAAUUAAAUCGCAAAUCAGUGGCACUUAAAGUGAUCCUGAGUCGUAUACCCGAUGAAAUUCAGGAUCGAAAAACAUUCUUAGAGACUAUAAAAGAAAUCGCCAGCGCCAUUAAAAAACUAUUGGAUGUUGUUAAUGAAAUAGGAAAUUUUAUACCCGGUGUUACUGGCAAACAAGCUGUCGAACAGCGAAAAAAGGAAUUUGUAAAAUAUUCGAAAAAGUUCAGUACAACACUCAAAGAAUAUUUUAAAGAAGGACAACCCAAUGCAGUAUUCAUAAGUGCCCUGUAUUUAAUACGACAAACAAAUCAAAUAAUGCUAACGGUUAAAAGUAAAUGCGAGUAGAACAAUUUUGUGCUAAACUUAGUGGCAUUUUUUUAUAUAAUUAUUAAUUUUUUUAUUA